AUGUCCUCCCUCCCACAGAUGCGCGACUGCAAGCGAAGAGGAGGGGCUGCAAAAUUGCCUGACCUCAUGAUCGAGCUCGAGGUUAUCGAGGACAAAGGCUCCAGAGGCGGCGAUAUCCACUUGAUCCAAACUCAGCUUGUAUUUGAGGAAAGUACCGAGGGUCUACCAAGCCAAGACGAAAAACACGCUCAAUACUUUUUUGCGCCGUCCGUCCUGGCCAUGCUCGACGACUUUUUUGAACGCGCUCAAGUGCGCCGAGCCCUGUGUAUUGGCACGCCCUGCGUCCAUGAGCACAUUAUGCAACCCUUUUACUCGCGGUUGCUGUCCGCCAAACGCAGCUUUCAAGAAUCGUCCCCCUCUUGCCCGCCUUCCAAGUCACUCGCAUCUGCGGGCGUGCUCUCGUCUAACCCGCAUGUGGGGGACAUUGGUCGGCUCUCGUGCCUCUGGGACCUGGAUCAACGGCUCCGCUACGUCAAUAUGCCCCGCUUCUAUGCCCAAUACAACAUGCUCACGGAUACCUUUCACGUUGAGGCUGAGCAGAAAGCCACCCGAGAGCUGGCGACGCAAGCAACCUGUAUUCUACUUGACCCACCCUUUGGAGUACCGCUAGCUGCAUUGCGAGCCGUUAUCCGCCGUCUUCGCCACCAGUACCCACUCGCCCAUGUGCUUCUUUUCUUUCCAUAUUUUAAUAAGGCAAGCCUCCUUCUAGACAUCACGGCGACCGUGUACAAGCGUCUUCUCCUAUAG